AUGAGCAAUUUUACUUCCGUGUCUACCUUUCUCCUGCAGGAAUUCUCGGACGUACGAGAACUACAGAUCUUAUACUUCUUUCUGUUUCUAGCAUUGUACUUGACAACCAUCACAGGAAAUCUUCUCAUCAUUGCUUCAGUAGCCCUUGACCAUCACCUUCAUACACCAAUGUACUUUUUCCUAACAAACUUGGCCAUGAUGGACAUUGGCACUAUUUCUGUCAUGAUACCCAAAUCUCUGACCAAUUUCAUUAUGAACAAUUGGUCAAUUUCUUAUUCUGGGUGUGUAGCUCAAGUUUUCUUCUAUAUCUUCUUUGCAGCAUCAGACCUUUCCCUUCUAACUGUAAUGGCGCAUGAUCGCUAUGUUGCCAUCUGCAACCCAUUACAAUAUGAGACAAUUAUGCACAGACAAGCCUGCCUUCAGAUGGCAGUCAUUGCAUGGAUUACUGGUCUUCUUUAUGCCAUAGUACAUACUUCUGGCACCUUUGCCAACACCUUUUGUUCUAAUGCUGUCAAUCAGUUCUUCUGUGAAAUCCCAAAGUUAUUGAAGCUUUCCUGUUCUGACUUCUAUUUAGUUGAAGUUGGGCUUCUUGUCGCAGGUUGUAGUAUAGUAACAGGUUGUUUCAUUUUCAUCAUCAUAACAUACAUGCAGAUAUUUUCUGCAGUGUUCAGAAUUCCCUCUAUUCAUGGUCAGAAAAAAGCCCUUUCCACUUGCCUUCCCCAUCUCACUGUUGUCUCCAUACUUAUUUUCAGUGGACUCUUUGCCUAUGCAAGGCCUCCUACUUAUUCUUUUGAUCUGGAUGUAGUUUUUGCUGUGAUAUAUACCACAGUUCCUCCUAUAUUCAAUCCAUUCGUCUAUAGCAUAAGAAACAAAGACAUCAAGAGUGCUUUGUGGAAAUUAUUCUAA